GUCUUUGUGCUUUUCAAGACAGAGAGGCGACAGAAGGGAAAAAAACAGCUGGAUCCAACAACCAUCCAGCUAGCGUUACCACUAGCAGCAACCAGCUCCUCAAACCGGCUAACCCCCCUCGGCUGCCUGACUUCCGAAAGCUGGUUGUGAGGCUGAUGAUGUGGUGUGAAGAUGGAGGCUCCUGAAUACCUCGACCUGGAUGAGAUCGACUUCUCUGAUGAUUCAGUGUAUUCUGUCACGUCUCUGAAGAGCAUCCCUGAGCUGUCCAGGAGAAGCGAUGGUCAGGCAGAGGAGAGGCAAGCUCCAGCCAUCAAUUGGAGCCGCAGUGUGUCCUCCCACAGCGGCGGGGGAAUCAAACCCACAGGCAUUGCUGAGGUUCACAGUAAGUUCCGGCCGGUGAAGAGGGUCUCACCUCUUAAGCACCAACCAGAAACCACUGACGCAGAGACCGAUGGUAAAGUCCAAGGUCAGGGGCUGGUUCUGGGGGAGCCAGUUGAGAGUAGUAAGGAUGACCCUGACAAACAGACUAAUGCCUCCUCUGACGGGCAGGGGGGAAAGGCUAAGAGCCUGGGCAGCAGUGUUGGUGUUGUUGGAGGGAGCAACAACCCCCAGGCUUUGUUUGGGGAACUGGAGCACUAUGACCUGGACAUGGAUGAGAUCCUGGAUGUGCCUUAUAUCAAGUCCACUCAGCAGAUGUCCACGCUGCCCCGUGUUCCCCACGACAAGCGGUCAGUGACAGGGAGCAACAUAGGUGGAGGCACACUGGAGAGGAAUCGGGGAGGAGGGCUGAAGAACUCCACUUUAACCCACAAUGAGCCUCUGAGCCUGGGCAGCAGUAGUAGCUCACAAACUCAGUAUUGCGUUCUGUCACCAGUGAAGUGGUCUGACCUGAGGAAGUCCAAAUCAAUGGAUCCAGACCUCCACCACCUCCACCGAUCCCCAGGUGGAGGAGGAGGUUACCAGCCAGAGAUGUCUUCUGGCCUCCUUAGCUGCUCCUCCUCUCUCUCUUCUUUCUCUGAUGCAGACUCUCAGAGCCAGAGACCAAGUGUGGACCCUCCAGGGGGCCCGGGACUAAUUUUCCCUCUGCCAGGGGGCAGCGUGAGCAGGCAGGACAGCUCCAAAUCCCGGGCUUCUGCAUCAGGAGGAGUGGGAGGUGGGUCAAGGGGGUUUGGAGGGAGUGGUGGAGCAGGAGGGGAAGUAGACGAGGAAUCCAAGAAGAACCAGAACAUCAUUAACAUCGUUAGAGAAGGACAGAUCUCAUUGCUGCCUCACCUGGCAGCUGAUAAUCUGGAGCUGAUCAGAGACGAGGAUGGAAACAACCUGCUCCACAUCUCGGCCUCUCAGGGCCACGCCGACUGUCUGCAGCAUCUCACAUCUUUGAUGGGGGAGGAUUGUCUCAAUGAGCGCAACAACCAGCAGCUCACCCCCGCUGGUCUGGGGGUCAAGAAUGGUCAUCUGGAGUGCGUGAGGUGGAUGGUAAGUGAGACAGAAGCCAUUGCCGAGCUGAGCUGCACCAGAGAACAUCCCAGUUUGAUCCACUACGCGGCCCGAUACGGACAGGAGAAGGUGUUGCUGUGGUUGCUUCAGUUCAUGCAGGAACAGGCUAUCUCUCUGGAUGAAGUCGACCAGAACGGAAACACUGCAGUCCACAUAGCAGCUCAGUAUGGUCACCUCAGCUGUAUACAGACUCUGGUGGAGUACGGCUCCAAUGUGACAUUCCAGAACCAGCAGGGGGAGCGGCCUUCCCAGAGUGCCGAGCGGCAGGGACACACCACUUGCGCCCGCUACCUGGUUGUAGUGGAAACCUGCAUGUCGCUGGCCUCGCAGGUUGUUAAGCUCACCAAGCAGCUCAAUGAACAGGCGUCAGAGAGAAUGGCCUUACAGAAGCAGCUGCAGAGACUGAUGGAGCCCAACAAGGCAGAGGGGACACCGUCCAGAUCACCCAGGUAA